CGGCCCCCGGGAGCGGCCGCACGUCCGGUUGUCCUGCAGGGCCGAGGCCCGGUGCAGGACGGGGGGGACGGGCCGGGCGCGGGUGUGGGCCCGCUCGCGGCUGCCCCCCGCCCCCGCGCCGUCCUCAUGUCGGCGCCGCUGAAGAAGGGCCCCGGGGGGCUGAUCGGGCUCAUGAAGGACGCGUUCCAGCCGCACCACCACCACCUCGGCCCGCACCAGCCCGGCGCCGUGGACAAGAAGAUGGUGGAGAAGUGCUGGAAGCUCAUGGACAAGGUGGUGCGUUUGUGUCAGAACCCAAAACUGGCGCUGAAGAACAGCCCACCCUAUAUCCUAGACCUGCUGCCUGACACCUACCAGCAUCUCCGAACCAUCCUGUCGCGCUAUGAGGGGAAGAUGGAGACCCUGGGAGAAAACGAGUAUUUCCGUGUGUUCAUGGAGAACUUGAUGAAGAAAACCAAGCAGACCAUCAGCCUUUUCAAGGAAGGGAAAGAGCGGAUGUAUGAGGAGAACUCUCAGCCUAGGCGUAACCUGACAAAGUUAUCCCUGAUAUUCAGCCAUAUGCUGGCUGAGCUCAAAGGUAUUUUCCCAAGCGGCCUUUUCCAGGGGGACACGUUCCGGAUCACCAAGGCGGAUGCAGCCGAGUUUUGGAGAAAGGCUUUUGGUGAAAAGACCAUUGUUCCUUGGAAAAGCUUCCGUCAGGCCUUGCAUGAAGUGCAUCCCAUCAGUUCAGGGCUGGAAGCCAUGGCCCUGAAGUCAACGAUCGACUUGACGUGCAAUGACUACAUUUCAGUAUUUGAAUUUGAUAUCUUCACACGACUUUUUCAGCCGUGGUCCUCUUUGCUCAGGAACUGGAACAGUCUAGCGGUGACUCAUCCUGGCUAUAUGGCAUUCCUAACGUAUGAUGAGGUGAAAGCCCGGCUUCAGAAGUUCAUUCACAAACCUGGCAGUUAUAUUUUCCGAUUGAGCUGUACACGGCUCGGUCAGUGGGCCAUUGGCUAUGUCACUGCAGAUGGGAACAUUCUUCAGACAAUCCCCCACAACAAACCUCUCUUUCAAGCACUGAUUGACGGCUUCAGGGAAGGCUUUUAUUUAUUUCCCGAUGGCCGGAAUCAGAAUCCUGACUUGACUGGCUUAUGUGAACCCACACCUCAGGACCACAUUAAAGUUACACAGGAACAAUAUGAACUGUACUGCGAGAUGGGCUCCACGUUUCAGCUGUGUAAAAUAUGCGCUGAAAACGACAAGGAUGUGAAGAUUGAGCCGUGCGGCCACCUGAUGUGCACGUCCUGUCUCACUGCGUGGCAGGAAUCAGAAGGCCAGGGAUGUCCUUUUUGCCGCUGUGAAAUCAAAGGCACGGAGCCAAUCGUAGUAGACCCGUUCGACCCCAGAGGAGGAGGAGGAUUGUCACGACAAGGGGCAGAAGGAACUCCCUCGCCCAAUUAUGAUGAUGACGACGACGACAGAGCUGAUGAUUCCCUCUUCAUGAUGAAAGAACUCGCUGGUACCAAAGUCGAGCGUCCUCCUUCUCCGUUCUCAGUAGCUCCCCAGGCCACCCUUCCUCCCGUGCCACCACGACUGGAUCUCUUGCAGCAGCGAGUGGCCAACCCGCCUGGGGCUUCCAGUCCUGGGACCACUUCAAAGGCUGCUCCUGGUGCUCUUCACAAGGAUAAACCUCUCCCAAUCCCUCCCACGCUCAGAGAUCUCCCGCCGCCGCCGCCUCCGGACAGGCCACAUUCCAUUGGGACCGAAGGUCGACCUCAGAGACGUCCCUUGCCCUGCACACCGGGAGACUGCCCUUCGAGAGACAAACUACCCCCUGUGCCCUCCAGCCGCCAGGCAGAUCUGUGGCCAUCCAGGCCCAUUCCAAAAGCCCCCUCUGUAGCUCUCAGUCCCGGUGACCCUUGGGCUGGGAGAGAACUGUCAAACAGGCACUCCCUCCCCUUCUCCUUGCCCUCUCAGAUAGAAUCCAGGGCUGACAGCCAUCGGCUUGGGAGCACGCUCAGCCUGGACAACCCAGGGAGCUUGAACAGUGCUCCCCCAACAACCUCAGAGAGUGAGCACCCCAAGAUUAAACCCUCCUCAUCUGCCAAUGCGAUCUACUCCUUAGCUGCCAGACCACUGCCUGUACCAAAACUGCCUCCUGGGGAACAGUCUGAAAGUGAUGAAGACACCGAAUACAUGUCACCAUCCUCUCUGCCUGUAGUGCCUCCAGGUCCUGCUGUACAAAAACCGGAGCUCAAAAUGCCUUUGGAAAUGGCUCAGAGUUUACGAGUUUUAGACUGCGACCAGCAGACGGAUGGCUGUACGUAUGAAGCAAUGUACAACAUCCACUCCCAAGCAGCAUCCUCAGCUUUCGAGGCUGUCAACACUUGUGACGAAGGGGAUCUGGCAGCAGCCACUGCCAGCAACGGCCCUGAAGAGUCAGAAAAUGAAGAGGAUGGCUAUGAUGUCCCCAAACCACCACUACCAAUUGCCAUUGCUCGUCGCACCCUGUCUGAUAUCUCCAAUGCCACACCUGCCUUCAGCCGAAUGUCUUUGGAAAAUGACCCUGUGACAGGUUUCUCCGAUGGCUCUCAAGUUCCAGAAAGGCCGCCAAAGCCGCUACCACGGAGGAUCAACUCUGAGCGGAAAGCAGGGAGCUGCCAGCCAGGCGGAACCAGCAGUGGGACCAGUGCAUCACUGCAGCUCUCCAGUGAGAUCGAGAACCUAAUGAGCCAAGGCUAUUCAUAUCAGGACAUUCAGAAAGCACUGGUCAUUGCACAUAACAAUAUUGAAAUGGCCAAGAAUAUUCUCCGGGAGUUUGUUUCCAUUUCCUCCCCCGCGCAUGUGGCCACAUAGCACAUUACCUCCACGCCUACAUCUUCUGUGGACCAACUGCCUGGGCAGCUGUAGCCCAGCUCCGCACCAAAGGGGAAGGGGGUUCCUUUAGAGACUUCGUGUUGAGGUCGGUCCUGCCUCUCAAGAGAAUCAGUUGUCAGGUUUUUGUGGUUCCAGAUUUCAAAGCAGUGGGAUGAAACGGAGCAGAAUGGUGUUUUA